AGAAUUUGAAAACAUCGUGUGAAAAUUUCUCUCUUAUAAUAUUUUUUUUUGCGCGUGUGAAACUUAAGAGCCUCAUAUUUAAAAGUUCGUCUGGCCUUUCAAAAUAUUUGGAAAUAUUUGGAAUCUCAGGGCUGCCCUGGCUAGUAGGGCCCAAAUUUAUGUCCAAUCAGAAAACUGAGACGUAAGGCCCGAAAUGAUUCGACCAAACUCAUUUACAAACAACCCAAUUCAUUUUACAAUAUCCAACUAUAAAUGGAGUACUGUAAUAUUAUUACUGUUAACUACAUCACACCCGUCCCCUCACAUCAAUGCCCUAGACUCGCUCGACUCAACUCAUCUCUCACUCACUCAGUUUUUCUCAAUUGCUGGUUUAUAAUAAAAGCUAUGCAAAAUUCAAUCUCUUUGCCAGUUCAAUGUGCCAUGGAGGAGGAACAACAGCAAACCUUUGUCCUCAUGUUCUUCUUUCCCUUAGAAGAAACACAAAUUCUGCUAUGACCACCAAACUCGUGAACCUCCUCCUAGUGGCUUCCAUUAACAAAUCUCUCACCAAAGCUGGAGGAAUUCGAAACCUGGAUGUUGAUUCUAUUCCCCUCUCUGACGCUCUCGUCCUCCAAGUCCUUCGGAGGAACUCUCUUGAUGCAUCCAAAAAGGUUGAUUUCUUCAGGUGGUGUUCACUCAACUCCAGCUACAAGCAUUCAGCAGGUACGUAUGCUGAAAUCUUCCGCAUUGUUUGCCAAGCCGGCUGCUUCCAACACCUCCAUGAGGUCCCCGACCUUCUAUCCUCCAUGAAGCGAGACGGGGUUGUACUUGAUUCGGCAAUCUUCAAACUUCUACUCGACGCCUUCAUUCGAUCCGGCAAGUUCGAUUCUGCAUUGGAAAUCCUGGACCACAUGGAGGAAGAAGAAUUAGGGAUUAAUGGCCGUUUGAAUCCCUAUGUGUAUAGCUCUGUCCUCGUUGCCCUUGUUCGGAAAGAACAGUUGGGUUUGGCAUUGUCCAUUUUCUUCAAGCUCUUAGAAUCCUCAAAUGACGCCAACGGGAGUGGUGUGGUUCCUGAUGCUGUUGCCUGUAACGAACUGUUUGUCGCUCUUAGAAAGGCGGACAUGAGGACUGAAUUCAAGCGGGUCUUUAACAAACUGAGAGAGAAGAAUUGCUGUGCUUUGGAUACCUGGGGCUACAAUAUAUGUAUCCAUGCUUUUGGAUGUUGGGGUGAUAUGAUUACUUCACUAAAUCUAUUCAGAGAGAUGAAGAAUUUGCGCUUGGAUCCAGACUUGUGCACGUACAACAGCCUCAUCCAUGUGUUUUGCUUGGUAGGGAAGGUGAAGGAUGCACUUAUUGUUUGGGAGGAAUUGAAGGGGUCUGGUCAUGAGCCUGAUGUAUUCACCUACCGUAUCCUUAUACAGGGCUGUUCUAAAUCCUACCGAAUCGAUGAUGCAACAAAGAUAUUUAGUGAGAUGCAAUACAAUGGCUUUCGUCCGGAUACUAUCGUUUAUAAUUCUCUUUUAAAUGGGCUGCUCAAAGCAAGGAAACUUACAGAUGCAUCCCAACUGUUUGAGAAAAUGGUUGAGGAAGGGGUAAGAGCCUCAUGUUGGACGCACAAUAUACUGAUUGAUGGUUUGUUCCGGAAUGGAAGGGCCGCGGCAGGUUACUCAUUGUUUUGCGACUUGAAGAAAAAAGGACAGUUUGUGGAUGGAAUCACCUACAGUAUUGUUGUAUUGCAUCUUUCUAGUGAGGGUCAAGUUGAGGAAGCACUGCAGUUGGUUGAAGAGAUGGAAGCUAGAGGCUUUGUUGUUGAUCUGAUUACGAUAUCAUCUCUCUUGAUUGGGCUUUAUAAACAUGGUCGGUGGGAUUGGACAGACAGGCUUAUGAAGCACAUUAGGGAUGGCAAUCUAAUGCCUACUGUUCUAAAGUGGAAAGCCAAUAUGGAGGCUUCAAUGAAAAGUCCACAGAGCAAAAGAAAGGAUUUUGCACCUAUGUUCCCAUCCAAAGACUUGAGUGAGAUUGUGAAUUUGGUGAGUUCGGCUGAUUCGGGGGUUGACACUGUCCUUGGUUCUGAGGGUGGUGGGCUGCAAGACAUUUCAUCUGAUGCAGUUGAUCAGUGGUCAUCAUCCCCAUAUAUGGAUCAAUUGGCUUAUCAAGUGAAUUCCAAGAACCAGUUGUUUCCAUUGUUCUCUCUGUUAAAGGGGAAACGAGUUCAGGCAAAAGGCAUUGACUCUUUUGACAUUGAUAUGGUCAAUACUUAUUUAUCUAUAUUUUUGGCCCAGGGAAAGCUAAGCUUAGCCUGCAAGUUGUUUGAGAUUUUCACCGACAUGGGUGUCGACCCUGUGAGUUACACUUACAAUUCCAUGAUGAGUUCAUUUGUCAAGAAGGGCUAUUUCAACGAGGCAUGGGGCAUUCUUCAUGAAAUGGGUGUGAAGGUUUACCCAACAGACAUAGCAACAUAUAAUGUAAUAAUUCAGGGCUUGGGGAAGAUACAAAGAGCAGAUCUUGCCAGUGCUGUUGUGGAUAAACUAAUGAAACAUGGUGGUUAUCUUGAUAUUGUGAUGUAUAAUACCCUGAUCAAUGCACUGGGGAAGGGUGGCCGGAUUGAUGAGGCAAACAAAUUAUUUGAGCAGAUGAAGAAUAGUGGAAUAAAUCCUGAUGUUGUCACUUAUAAUACACUUAUUGGAGUCCAUAGCAAGGCAGGUCGACCGAGGGAUGCUUACAAGUUCUUGAAGAUGAUGUUGGAUGCAGGCUGUUCCCCAAACGAUGUCACUGACACGACAUUGGACUUUCUGGAAAAAGAGAUUGAGAAAGCGAGGUACCAAAAGGCAUCAAUCAAGGACACCAAUAAGGAUGAUUCUUGGUGAACAACUUUUCUGGUAAUGAUGCAGAUAAAUUUACUUCGAUUUAAGUGUGAUCUCACUCAAAAUCUUGAUCAUUUCUUGUUAGGGUUGCAGAUGAACUCAAGCCAAUCCAAGAUGAGUUUUUGGAGGUGUUCAUGAUCUGCUUGGUCAUAUACAUAGUAUGUUUGCGUUUGGUUUGCACUUGUCCCUAGCCCUAGUUGGGAAAAGGCUUUAUUGAGUUUAGUUGAGUUGAGUAGCUCGUGCCCAGCCUCGUCCCCGUCAAUCUUGUUCAGGGUUGGCUUGUCAAAGUUCAAUAUACCUUGAGCUUGCCUUGGCUCAAUUUUGAAAUAUACUUUCUUCUUUCCCAUAGAAACAAAAAAUAUAUUGGCACUGUUACUGGCAGCUGUUGAAGAAAAAACUAGAAGAAGAAUAAUCUUCUCACCAAAUGGGGAUUGGAAGACUAUAUUAGGAAAACUCCUACACACCUUUAGAAUUUUAUUUAAAUAUUUAAAAACUAGGGCAUUGAAGAAAGAGGAGGAGAAGUGUUAAAACCAAAAGGAAUUUGAGAAACUCUGUGGACUACCAUUGAUCUUCAAGCAAUGCAAGAGAUUGGAUAUAAAGGAUAUAAUAGAACAAAAUCUGAGAUGAAAUAGGAAAGGUAAAGAGAGUCAAGUUAAUUUAAAAGAGAAGAAUCCAGAAAUGUUGCAGCUAAGCCACUGAGUGUGUAAUGCCAGUUCCCAAUUUAAUGGGUGGCUGCUACCCCUCCCUCUCUUAAGAAGAUCUUGGCUGGGGUUCCCUUCAGCGCCUUACUCUAGGUGAGGGUUUCUUUGUGAUUAAUAACUUUCUUCUUCAUCAUUCUGGCCACAAUUGUGUACUAAAAUGAGCUGAUUUUCUUAUUUAUAAAUGGGUUCUUUUAUUUGUUCAUUCUGAUUGUAGCACUGAUAUUAAGUUAAAUGAAAGCAAUAUGUGUUUGUUCAUUC